CACUUCAAUUUUGUGUCUCUGCCCACGGACGUUCUGGAGAUUGAGGUGAAAGACAAGUUUGCCAAGAGUCGUCCUAUCAUCAAACGUUUCCUGGGAAAGCUGUCCAUGCCGGUGCAGAGGCUACUGGAGAAGCAUGCUAUUGGGUACGGCUCAGGAAUGCACAGGAUGCUCAUACAUUUAUCACAAUAAUCAAAUGAUUAUUAAUAGAUAUUAAUAGAUAUUUGGGGAACAAGAGCCCUCUAAAGAAUGUUUAAAUCAUAAAGUAACACGUCUCUCUCUUUUGAACUCCAACUCCCUCCCCCUCUCGCUCUCUCUCUCUCCCUCCCUCCCAACACAGUGACCGCGUGGUCAGCUACACGCUGGGCCGAAGGCUACCGACGGAACAUGUCAGUGGACAGCUGCAGUUCAGAUUUGAGAUCACUUCCUCUUUUCAUCCAGGUUCCUCUUCCUCUCAUGCACAUCCUCUCACAUACAUGCAGACCUGGGUUCAAAUAGUACUUGUUUGCCUUCAAAUAGUUUUGCUGCGCUUGAUCAAACUCUCCUGAUGUAAUGGAACUAAUGGAAUAGUUCCAAAAGUACAAACCCCACCCAUCUGGUUCUCUUAACAGGCUCAAUCAAACGCUCAAAGUAUUUGAACAAAAACACAUGCUAAUUGAACCCAGGUUUGUAUAGAUCCUGUUUGUCAGCUUCCUCUCAUGUAGGUUCACUUAGUGUGUUUCUCAAUACAGUGGUGGGAAGAUAAGAAGAAUAUAUCAAAUGUACUGCAAGUCUUUCUGGAAAUACCAACUUUCAAAUCUAGGUUUAGACGGACAGAUAUUAAGCAUUGGUUUAGCUGUUGAGUUGACUUUUUUUUUUUUUACAAUAGGUUAUGUUAUUAUAAUUAGCCAUAUUGUCAUACUCGAUGUAUACAGGAUUUUCCAUUAAUUGACAUACCAUAGCAGAAACAGAGUGGUCUAUUAACGAAUGAAUAGUGUGAGUUCAUGUUGAUAUGCCCCACUUUGUGGCAGUCAGCCUGGCAGGCCAUCACAGGCCCCUGACUGGGAGGUAAUGAGCUCUGUUCUCCUCCUGCAGAUGAUGAAGAUAUGUCUCUCAGCACAGAGCCUGAGUGUGCCGCUGUGCAGGAGACCAGUAACCAGGGGGAGGGUCAGUCCUCCCAGGCCCAGGGCCAGGCUGAGGACACCAUGAGCCUGGGUCCGGGCGCUCCAGAACUCCCUACAGAUGAGGAGGAAGACGCUGGAGCUCCAGAACUUCCAAUUGGUGGAGAUACAGUUACAGCCACGCCCAUGGAAGGGCAUCCAGCAGGGCCUUUGGGUUCAGAGCAGCCCAUGGAUGGAGAUGGAGACUCAGUGCCUAAGGCCCUAAAAACAGAACCAAGCCAGCCAGAGGUCAAUGGGGCUCAGGGGAAGGAGGAGGCGGCUGUAGCUGUGGCUGCAGAGAAGCUGCCCACGGUAGAGGAGAACAGGGAGGAAGGGCAGCAAACCCCCUCCAGUCCUCAGCUAGCUGGCCCAGAGCAGCAGGGGCCUGUUGGGCAGGACAUUGAGGGGGCACAGGGGGUGGACGGUACCCCAGCAGAGGGUCAGGUCAGCCCUGCUGUAAUGGAGGACAUGGAGAGUGAAGCGUCUGUUGAGCCAGCAGAACAGCAGGCGGUGGGUCAGGAGGAAGGGGAUGAAGAAUGCUGCUCCCUGCGCAUCAGGACCACCCCUAGGCGUAAGAACCGGCCCUGCUCCCUGCCCGUGUCGGACCUGGAGACAGUCAUCGCCGCGGCCUGUGGGGAGCCCGAAACCCCUCGCUCCCACUACAUCCGCAUCCACCACCUCCUCCACAGUCUGCCCUCCGCCCAGCCAGGCACCCAGGAGGACGGGGAGGAAGAGGGGGCUGAGGCUGAAACAGAGCCCGACCCAGACCCAGGCCCUGACCAGCUCAGCCCCAGGGACCAGGAGGGCUCGGAAGAGGAUGAAAAGGCAGAACCCCUGACCCCCGGCCCCAGGAGGACCCUGCCUCGCAGCCUGUCCAUCGAGCGUCUGUCCGACCUGGCCCUGAUGCUGGACAGCGAGGGCCGCCACCCCCAGGGCCAGGUCAGGGGUCACCAGAGAGUGUCCGACGAGGACGACAUGGAGCCCUGCUGCAGUAAUUCCUGCUAUGAGGGCCGAGGAGGCAGUCACACCCAGGCACCUCUAGUGGCUGCAGCCAUGUCUGUGGGGAGCAGUGCUUUCCUCUCCCAGGAGGACGAGGACAUGGAGGUGAACGGAGCGGAGAGCAGGGAGCCAGGAGAUGGGAUGCCCCAGUGGCAGGUGGCCCCCUCCACGCAGGUCCAGAGCCCCCAGAGAGUCAUGGAAAAUGGAGAGUCACCCGUGGCCGGGCCCAGUGGGAGGAUAGGACGUGAGUUGGGUUCCUCACUGAAUACUAACUUGCGAUAUGGAGUUGUAAUUUGGGUAACUUAGGGUAUACUGACCUGUUUUUGUCGUCCAAUAGGAGAUUGUCCCCUACCGUCCAGCCAUCCUCCAGUCAGCCAGUUUCCUGCUCUGCGUCCUGAUCCCCAUCACUACCCCACUAUAGAUGAACCACUACCACCAAGUGAGCUUUGUAUAUAACUUUGUCUGAGACUCUGAGUCAUAUUGUUCAUAUUCCUUGUUGAUGAACAAUACAUACCAGGACAGAACUAAUGAUACUAACUAAGAAAUAAUUGUCUCCACUGUUUGUGUGUGUGUGUGUUUGUGUGUUUGUGUGUGUGUAUAGACUGGGAGGCGCGUGUGGACAGCCACGGUCGUGUGUUCUAUGUGGACCACAUCAACAGGACCACCACAUGGCAGAGACCCACCUCAGCAGCCACACCCGACGGCAUGAGGAGGUCUGGAUCCGUUCAGCAGAUGGAACAGCUCAAUAGAAGGUGAGUGAAUGGGGGAGACGGGAAGAAAGAGGAGAGAGGUAGAGCAUACUUUUUUUGUAGUGUUGGGUUCUAUUUUUCUCAUAAUUGGAUCUGUAUGUGAUGAAUAGCUUGGAAGGAAUGCAUUAAUGAACUGUACUGAUAUAAAUUGUUUCACAUAACAGGCUGUUAUUCAUGUAAGGAACGUUAGGGGCUAGGAUGAGAUAAGACUUGUAUUUCUCACAGAUACGAACACUCUCUCUUUGUUGUCUGUGAAACUGUCCUUGAACAUGGGUACAUGGAGUACAGUGGAAUGGUGUCUUUUGGGUGCUGACUCCACAGGUUAUAAUGAUAGCAACUUAUGCCUGGCAACAAUGUGCAACAAAUGAAAUGCAGAGGAGUUGGGACCAACCCCUGCGCCAACGGAUUGGCUGAACCACACUCAGUCCUUUGCUCUGGUUGGCCAACAGAAGAAGUGGAGGCUUUCUGUCAGAGUAUUUGAAGAAGAACUUAGAACAAUGGAUCAGUUCUCUGUCUGCCCUGCGUGGUUUUUCAGUGAGCCCGUAUACGAACCUUCAUACUUAUCAUACAUACAUUUUGCAUAUAAUAAAUUUAGCUUGGAUUGAAUAUCUCUUGAUUAUGUUUUCUCUUAUUCCAAUACCAGAUUUGAAUUACGCAAUUUCUAACAGUAGACACUUUUGAUUGUUUCUUCAUUGUAUCUUAAAAGAAAACAAGUGAAAACAUACACUAUACAGGGUCAUCUGGUGGUUGUAGGAAGAACCUAAAGCGUUUUCUUGAUGUUUUUCUUAGAAUUUGUUCAGUUCUUUCUGAGAAUUGGGGAGUUUUGUAUUCAACACCCUAUAGUCGAUGUCGGCGCUCCGCAUAAAUGUAUUUGCAUAAUACAAAAAUCCCCAUCAAAAUAUGUCACUUUAAUCUAGAGAUUUUUUUGCAUUCGAUGUGUCUCAAUCCACCACAUCCGCCUAUGUAGCACUUCCUCAUCUGUGGUGAAAGGUGACAGAGUAGAGCAAUGUUUGUCAGACCAUGAGACAUCCUGAAAAUAAGUCUUCUCACAAAAUCGUCUGUAGCAUCCAAACGGUUUGGCCUACAAACAUGAGCAAUGGGCUGUGUCAGGGCUGUGUCAUAGAUCCUUAUCUCUGUCAGGAUAACCCCUGCACAGACCUCACAUGUAUAGAAGACUAUUACGGUAGUAUAAUCUAUUGAUCAAUGGUCGCAAAUUCAAUUUCUUUCUCUCUGGGGCUUAAAUCUAAGCAAGCCUAAAUAUCUUAUACACUAUUGAGUGAUAAUACACUUAAAAUUAGUGUUUAUUUUAUAUUUUCUUACCAAGAUAAAUUAUCUAACGUCAUUAGCAGAUCAUUUUGCUUAUUAAAAAAAAGGUUUAAUACGCACAAGUAAUGUAUCUUAUUUCAAUAUACUUUUAAAGAUAUUUUAAGGUAAAAUAUCUUGAAAAUCAUCUUGAAAUAAGAUAAGUGUGCAAGAACUGCUUGUGUUUAAAGGAAUGGUCUAGAUUGAGGCACCGUUGCUCUGACUUAAGGAUGUUUAGUAAAUGUGUGCUGAUGUGUUUGUCAGGUACCAGAGUAUCCAGAGGACCAUGGCCACAGACAGGAGUGAGGAUGAAGGAAGCAGAAGCAGGAGUGAGAGAACAAGCCUCAACAACAACCGCAGUGAGACAGACUCUCCUCCAAUGGCUAAUGGUAAGUGGGACCUCACCACAAUGUCACAAUUACAGAAUGCAAUAAGCUGAAGUGUAGGCUUACUUUGUAAAAAGUAAUGGGUAUACAAAGGGUUUUCAAAGUUUUACACACAACCUUGUACUCGACUGUCACCAUUCAGUUAAUGUUCCUUUGUUCUCUCCUGGUGUCUGUGUGUAGAGCUGAGAAGAGACAGCUCCUCUUCCUCCUCCUCCUCCUCGUCUCCAGUCAACAGUCAGAAGAUCACAGCUCUGUUACAGAGCCCAGCGGUGAAGUUCAUCACACACCCAGAGUUCUUCACUGUCCUCCAUGCCAACUAUGUCAGUACCUACCCUGGUGGACAAUUAUAUCUAUACACAUAGUGGACAAAUAUAACUAAUAUAAUUUCCUUUUGAACACCAAUGCCAAUACCAAUGCUCAGUAACAUAUUCUAGUCUUCAGUAACAGAUGCUGAAUAUUCUACCAUUGUGGUUCAGAUUGGUUGCGUAUGGUGUUUCUAGUUUCCAUGGUCAUGCUGUUGUGUUCUUCUCUUCUCAGGGGGCCUACCGCAUGUUCACCAACAGCACGUGCCUGAAGCACAUGAUCCUGAAGAUUCGCCGGGACACUCGUAACCUUGAGAGGUACCAGCACAACAGAGACCUGGUCACCUUCCUCAACCGCUUCGCUGACGCACAGCUGGAACUGCCCCGGGGCUGGGAGAUCAAGACUGACCCACAGGGCAAGGUGCAGAGACAUCAACCCUUAGUUCAUCCACAGCAAACUCACCCACUUAUUCACAUAAGAGUUUAUUGUUCCUUGGUUGAGAAGAUGGAAAAUAUGUGAAAAAAGUAAAAAGUAUACUAAUGAUGCUAUUGAUUUGGUCUUUGCCUUCAGAUCUAGCGGUGUUUAGAUUAGUGUUUCUAACUUUGGUAAAUUUGUUCCUGUAACAUCUUCUCUUUGGUCCAGAACUUCUUUGUUGACCACAACAGCCGGGCGACCACGUUCAUCGACCCGAGAAUCCCCCUUCAGAACGGUUGUCUGCCCAACCACCUGACCCACAGGCAGCACCUGCAGAGAUUACGCAGCUACAGCGCAGGAGAGGUCAGGAGUCAAACAGUACUAUAGAGAAUACAAUUCCUUGUUUUUAAGUGUUGUAACUGUUUGAUUGAGGACCAUAAUGUAUUCAAAUUAUGGAAAUAUGGAAUUGAAUGUAUUUAUUUGCUUGUUUAUAGCUGUACCUUUUGUCAUAUGUAUUCUGUCAGGCCUCUGAGGUGUCCCGUAGUCGAGGUGCGGCCUUGUUGUCACGGCCUGGGAACAGUGUGGUUGCCGCGAUACGGAGCCAGCAUCAUCCUGAUCCAGUGCCACAAGGUGUGUCCUGUACAUACAAUACACAAAGAACACAAUCAUAAUUCACAUUUACCACGUGUUAUAGUUUCUGCAGUUAGUCUGUGUAAGUCAGUUUCUGCUGUGUGAGUCAGUCUAACCGUCUUCUGAAAUCAAUGUCUUUGUUCCACUCACAGCUUAUAAUGAGAAGAUAGUGGCCUUCCUGCGUCAGCCUGGAAUACUAGAAGUUCUAACGGAGCGCCAGCCAGCCCUGUCCAGGAACCAUUCCCUGAGGUAGAUAUACACACUGGGGGAUGAAUUGGAUUUCUUUUUCAUAUGAAGAAUUUGUAGAUUCAGAGAAUGUAUUCAGAGUAUUGGUUCCAUACUUCCAUAACUGAAGUUCCCACUGGGAAAAAUAAAGGGUAAAACCUUACAUUACAGUGCCCUUAUUAAUGUGUAACUGCUCAUGUAAUUACAGUGUAACAAGUAUUGUAAUUACGCAUUAUUACACUACUUGGCAGUAACCCUAACCUUAGCCCUAACCCUAGCCUCAACUCUAACCCUAACUUUAACCAUAGCUUAAUGUCCACAUCAUGGUUCAACCUUACAUUUACAUUUACAUUUACGUCAUUUAGCAGACGCUCUUAUCCAGAGCGACUUACAAAUAGGUGCACCACCUUAACCUAAACCACAACCCUAACCCUAGCUUCAUGUCCACAUCCUGGUUAAACCCUAACCUCAACCACAACCCCUCACAUUGAGAACCAAAGUUGGAGUCAGUGUCAGAACCUAUAUAGACCCUUAUACGUAGGGACGUGGAUUCCUUUUCACAAUUCAGACCCAGACCUGUACAUAAGUUUAACCUUACAAAACAACAUAAUCAAGCUCUAAAAACAUUGAGCAGCAAUCAGAAUAUUGUGAUUAAACCAGCAGAUAAGGGGUCUCAAAUUGUUAUAAUGGAUCAAAUGCAAUAUUUUCUUGAAGCUAAUAGACAAUUAGAUAAUGUCAAACACUAUGUCCCAUUGCUCCACUCAACACAACUGGAAACACAAAGAUUCAUCCGGGAGAUAGUGAGUAAACUGUAUGAGGAUAAGUAUAUUACAGAUAAACAGAUGGUCUACCUUUUUGGGCCAGAUUCUCCAAGACCUAGGCAGUUUUACUUACUGCCUAAAAUACAUCAAUCUCCUGAGACGUGGACGGUUCUCUCUCGACUUCCCUGCGGUAGACCAAUAGCAAGUGAUUGUGUCUCAGAAUCUUAUUGUAUUGCUGAAUAUAUAGAUUUUUUAUAUCAAUCCUCUUUCUCAGCUACAGUUGAAGUCAGAAGUUUACAUACACCUUAGCCAAAUACAUUUAAACAAUUCCUGACAUUUAAUACUAGUAAAAAUUCCCUGUCUUAGGUCAGUUAGGAUCACCACUUUAUUUUAAGAAUGUGAAAUGUCAUAAUAAUAGUAGAGAGAAUGAUUUAUUUCAGCUUUUAUUUCUUUCAUCACAUUCCCAGUGGGUCAGAAGUUUACAUACACUCAAUUAGUAUUUGGUAGCAUUGACUUUAAAUUGUUUAACUUGGGUCAAACGUUUCGGGUAGCCUUCCACAAGCUUCCCACAAUAAGUUGGGUGAAUUUUGGCCCAUUCCUCCUGACAGAGCUGGUGUAACUGAGUCAGGUUUGUAGGCCUCCUUGCUCGCACACACUUUUUCAGCUCUGCCCACAAAUGUUCUGUAGGGUUGAGGUCAGGGCUUUGUGAUGGCCACUCCAAUACCUUGACUUUGUUGUCCUUAAGCCAUUUUGCCACAACUUUGGAAGUAUGCUUGGGGUCAUUGUCCAUUUGGAAGACCCAUUUGCGACCAAGCUUUAACUUCCUGAUUGAUGUCUUGAGAUGUUGCUUCAAUUUAUCAACAUAAUUUUCCUUCCUCAUGAUGCCAUCUAUUUUGUAAAGUGCACCAGUCCAUCCUGCAGCAAAGGACCCCCACAGCAUGAUGCUGCCACCCCCGUGCUUCACGGUUGUGAUGGUGUUCUUCGGCUUGUAAGCCUUCCCCUUUUUCCUCCAAACAUAAUGAUGGUCAUUAUGGCCAAACAGUUCUAUUUUUGUUUCAUCAGACCAGAGGACAUUUCUCCAGAAAGUACGAUCUUUGUCCCCAUGUGCAGUUGCAAACUGUAGUCUGGCUUUUUAUGGCGGUUUUGGAGCAGUGGCUUCUUCAUUGCUGAGCGGCCUUUCAGGUUAUGUCGAUAUAGGACUCGUUCUAUUGUGGAUAUAUCGUUCUAUGUUUCCGCCAGCAUCUUCACAAAGUCCUUUACUGUUGUUCUGGGAUUGAUUUGCACUUUUCGCACCAAAGUACGUUCAUCUCUAGGAGACAGAACGCGUCUCCUUCCUGAGCGGUAUGACGGCUGCGUGGUCCCAUGGUGUUUAUACUUGCGUACUAUUGUUUGUACAGAUGAACGUGGUACCUUCAGGCGUUUGGAAAUUGCUCCCAAGGAUGAACCAGACUUGUGGAGGUUUACAACCUUUUUUCUGAGGUCUUGGCUGAUUUCUUUUGAUUUUCCCAUAAUGUCAAGCAAAGAGGCACUGAGUUUGAAGGUAGGCCUUGAAAUACAUCCACAGGUACACCUUCAAUUGACUCAAAUUAUGUCAAUUACAUUUACAUUUUAGUCAUUUAGCAGACACUCUUAUCCAGAUAGACUUACAGUUUUAGUGAGUGCAUAAAUGUUUCAUACUGGCCCCCUGUGGGAAUCGAACCCAUAACCCUGGCUUUGCAAGCACCAUGCUCUACCAACUGAGCUACAGGAGGCCUAUCAGGAGGCCUAUUAGCCUAUCAGAAGCUUCUAAAGCCAUGACAUCAUUUUCUGGAAUUUUCCAAGCUGUUUAAAGGCAAAGUCAACUUAGUGUAUGUAAACUUCUGACCCACUGGAAUUGUGAUACUGUGAAUUAUAAGUGAAAUAAUCUGUCUGUAAACAAUUGUUGGAAAGAUUACUUGUGUCAUGCACAAAGUAGAUGUCCUAACCGACUUGCCAAAACUAUAGCUUGUUAACAAGAAAUUUGUGGAGUGGUUGAAAAACGAGUUUUAAUGACUCCAACCUAAGUGUAUGUAAACUUCCGACAUCAACUGUAUGUUAAGGAUACUUAUGAAUUUGUCAACAGGCUGAAGGGUUCAAAGAUACCAAUAAAUGCUUUUUUAUUCUCCAUUGAUAUGAAUUCUCUGUACACAAACAUAGAUACCAAAAUAGGUCUACAGGCAGUUGCAAAUGCCUUUCAGAGGUAUCCUGACCUUAGUCGACCAGAUAGGGUUAUCCUGGAUUUGUUGGAGUUGAGCCUCACCAGAAAGGACUUUGUUCAAUGGGAAGUACUACCUCCAGAUACAUGGUACAGCAAUGGGAAAGAAAUUCGCCCCAAGUUUUGCAAAUGUGUACAUUUGUUUUUUAGAAGAAACUGCUCUCCUUAAAUGUAAGACCUUACCAUUGCUGCACCUUAGGUAUCUGGAUGAUAUUUUUAGACUGUGGGUAGGCUCCACCUCUGAAUUCUGGGAAUUCUUAAACAUUUUGAAUUCACAUCAUUUAGCAAUCACCAUUACACAUAAUUUGCAAUACAGAAAAUGUGAAUUUCUAGAUACACAGGUCUUUUUCAUUCAAAAGGAGGGAUAAACCAAACAAUUGGCAACUAAAGUUUUCUUUAAGGAAACAGAUAGACAUGCCCUCCUUCACAAAUGUAGUUUCCAUCCAAAACACACAUAUAGGGGGUUGAUCAAAUCACAACUUAUACGUUUCCACAGAAUCUGUAGUUUCACUGGGGAUAUAGAGGAGGCCACAAGAAUACUCUUCUCAGUCUUAAGGCCCAGGGGCUACUCUAGGCAGUUCCUGAGAGAGGUUAAGGCUGAGGUAAAUCAGACCUUCCAGACCUAUGGAGCAUAUAAGGUAGAGAAGGAUAACCGCCCUGUGGUUUCAUUUGUGGGGACUUAUUCGCAGGCUCUGGUGGGGUUCAACUGAACUUAAAUCUAAUUUUCAACAGUCCCAGAAUGAUUAUGAGGCCUUGAAAGAUGUCAGGGUAAUCUCAGCCUAUAGGAGGAAUAAGAACUUGAAGGACAUCUAGUACAUUCAAGUUUGACUAAGAAGAAGCUGAUACAGAAUAAACAUUUUACCCAAACAAAGUUUCUGUCCAAUAGGCAUUCAGGCUUGGGGGCCCCAAUCAGGCAUAAUGUCCAGUUGGAUACUGGAAAUGUGGUUUAUGCGAUCGAGUUCCUUGUUUGUCUUAAACUCUAUAUUGGAGAGACACAAAAUGCACUACAAUGCAGACUUAAAAAACAUACCACAUUCAGAAAGGUGAUAGAUCCACUGUGUUGUAUGCCCACUUUAGGGCUCAUACAGUGGAGAACCUUAGAACUUUUGGACUGGAGAUAAAUAUGGGGUGGUAAAAAACUCAAAGACAGAGGGUUGAGCGACAAUGGAUUAGAACAGUAGGAACCAUUGAUCCUCUAGGCCUUACUGAGAAAUACUAAGCCACACAGUAAUUUGUCUCCAUCUUGUGGCUGCUUUAGACACUUGGAGUCUCCACUGGGAUUUCUGAAUUGGUUUAGGAUAAAGCUACAGAUCUAUUGUACUUGUCAUGAUGAUUAUUAUGUAUUGUCUGGAUUCCAGUAGAAUUCUCUUUAUCUUUGAUUACUUUUGUGUGGAUUUGGUAGAGAUUGUGUGAUGGAAAUAAUUCCUCAUAGGCUUAUUUUAGUUUAAAUUUGAGUGAAUAUUUAUAGGAAUUUAAUUUUGUCUCCCUCUUUUGGGGAUCUGACUUAGGAUUUGCACUUAUUUCCCAUCCCAUAUAUUCCCUCUAUUUGAAAGCACUUCAGAUUCAUUAUUCUUAUUUAAUAUAUGUUGGUGUGUUUCUAAAUAUACAUGUAAAGGUCUUGUAGCUAUCACCAGCCUAGUAUAUAGACCUUUCCUUUUGAAGGACUGUUGUCUGGAACUAUUCUAACCCGAAUCACCCCCGAGGCCUGAUCCCUAACCCUAACCCCUCUGGCUCCUAUACCUAACCCGAACCACUCCAGAGACCUGAAUCCUAACCUUAACCUCUCUGGCACUCAUACCUGACCUUAAACAUUCCUGAGGCCUGAGUCCUACCCUAAACCUCCUUGGUUCCCAUGCCUAACCCUAACCUCUAGGGAGAUCCAGAUGCUUUUACCUACAACUAUUACAAAUAUUUGUCUACAAAUUAUUUUGAAUAUACUCCCCUAUUUUCUUAUGUUAAAAUCACGCACAACCCUAACCCUAGCCUCAUGUUCAACCCUAACCCUAGCCUCAACCACAACCCCAACCCUAACCAUAACCCUAGCUUCAUGUGCACAUCCCGGUUCAACCCUAACCCUAGCCUCAACCACAGCCCUAACCCUAGCUUAAUGUCUACUUCCCGGUUAAACCCUAACCCUCAACCACAACGUUAAUCCUAGCUUCAUGUCCACAUCCCGGGUAAACCUUAACCCUAGCCUCAACCACAACCUUAACCCUAACACUAACCCUAGCCUCAACCUUAACCCUAAUACUAACCCUAGCUUCAACCUUAACCCUAACACUAACCCGAACUUCAACCAAAACACUAACCCUAGCUUCAACCAAAACCCUAACACUAACCCUAGCUUCAACCAAAACCCUAACACUAAUCCUAGCUUCAACCAAAACCCUAACCAUACCCUGAAGUAACCCUAAGUACAGUGUAAAUAAAGUGUAAUAAUGAGUCAUGUGGUACACUGUAAGUACAGGAAUAAUUACACAGUAAUAAAAGCACUGUAAUGUAAAGUGUAACCAAAUAAAGUUAUUAUAUUCUGUCAGGUUUGAUAGAACAUACCCAGUCUAGUCCAGAUUAUAGUGUAUGUUUAUAAUGUCUGUGUCAUGUGUGCUUUCAGGGAAAAGAUCCACUACAUCAGAACAGAGGGCACCCAAAGACUGGAGAAACUGGCAUGUGAUGCAGACCUGGUGAUACUGUUGAGGUAGGUGGCAACUGUUAAUUACCCCCUGAAUGUUUCAUUGUAGUACUGUCAUUAUUUCCAUGUUUGUGACUUGUUGGAUGUCCCUACAGCUUGUUUGAAGAGGAGAUCAUGUCUUAUGUUCCGCCCUCCUUCCAUCCUGGCUUCAGCUUCUCUCCACGCUGUUCACCAGGGUCUUCACCACAGAACUCUCCAGGUGGGUUGGCACUAAUGGGAAACGGAGCCGUAGUGGGUUGAAAAUGUACACACAAGAAAAUUGGGUUUGAAAAUGUAUUCACAAGAAUUGGUCAAAAACCAUGUCACAUAUGGUUAUACUUGUGUGAUAUCCAUGUCUCAUGUCAUUGGAGGACAGCAUGUCAUGGAGUUGAAUGUGCUUGUCCACAGGAAUGUCGAGAGCGAGAGCGCCUGCCCCGUACCGGAGAGACUUUGAGGCCAAACUACGCAACUUCUACAGGAAACUGGAGGCUAAAGGCUACGGCCAGGGCCCAGGAAAGAUCAAGUAAGGAAAACUGUCAAAAAUGAUUACUCACACCUUUUUCAAAUACAGUUAGAGCUCUAUACAAACCUACUGUUUCCAAGAAACGGUAGUGUUGUGUAUGCAAAUUAGCACCAUACUGUAUAUCCAUGUCUGUGUUGCUUAGCAUCCUAUGAUGUUGUUGUGUUCCAGGCUUAUCGUACGGAGAGACCACCUGUUGGAGGGUACCUUUAACCAGGUGAUGGCCUACUCACGCAAGGAACUACAGAGGAAUAAGCUCUACAUCACCUUCAUAGGAGAGGAGGGGUACGCAAAAGCUUCUUCUAUUGGCCUGAACACAGACAUUACAACAAAGAGGGCCUUUGAUCCUUGAGGUUCAACCAUUGAAUGAAAUAACAUGUCUUUACGAUGACGGAAUUAAAGUCAGUUACUUUGAAGUAGUAAUGAACGUGUCAAGAAGAAAAAAAACGAUUGUCUUUUAAAGAACGAACUGCUAGUUUUUGGGCGAUAGAGAGGUUAACGAAUGUUUGUUUUAUUUGUCUGCUUCUUACAUAACUCUGGUCUCUUCUUUUCCCACGCCGUCAGGCUGGACUACAGUGGGCCAUCCAGAGAGUUCUUCUUCCUGCUGUCUCAGGAGCUGUUCAACCCCUACUAUGGCCUGUUUGAGUACUCAGCCAACGACACAUACACCGUCCAGAUCAGCCCAAUGUCCGCCUUCGUAGAGAACCAUCUGGAAUGGUGAGGAGGGCAUCUGCUUGUCCUGUGUUUAAGAUUCCUUUAAACUCAUGAAACCUGGGGUGUGUUCAUUAGACCCCAAUGGGAAGAAAACUGACUGAAACCGGGAGGUACUACCUUGACUUGUCUUAUUAGAAAUGCUCUUAAUUGUUUUCCGUUGCAACGCAUUUUCAAAUGUUUUACAUUGUCCUAAUGAACAUGACCCUGGGCUUGUUCUUGUUUGUUUAACUAUUGGAGAAAAAAAGUAAUGGGUUUCAUGGAAAUCUCAUGUCAUGUCACCACUUUAAUUGCAUUGGAUUUGUAGUUGUGUGUGAGACCUGUCUGUGUGUGUUUGUGUGCAGGUUCCGGUUUAGUGGGCGUAUUUUGGGACUGGUGUUGAUCCACCAGUAUCUUCUGGAUGCCUUCUUCACGCGGCCCUUCUACAAGGCUCUCCUCAGACUGUGAGUGUCUCUGUCUGUCUGUCGACAUUGGCCUUUACAAUUCUUCUGUACAAUUUUUCUGUGCAGCAUUCUUUACAAUUACACACAAAGGAAAUGCACCUCAGGCUAGUGAGUGAGUUGCUCCCCUUGAUUGACUUUAAGGUAGUGGGUUGCUUUGUGCAUUAAUACCUAGUGAACCCCAAAGCAGUUCAUGUGUGAGAUAAGUAUGUUUACCUGUGCAGAGCCACUGACCUGAGUGAUCUGGAAUACCUAGACGAGGAGUUCCAUCAGAGUCUACAGUGGAUGAAAGACAAUGACAUCACUGACAUGCUGGACCUUACCUUCACUGUGAAUGAGGAAGUCUUCGGACAGGUAUGUGUGUGUCCUCCACAGGAGGUUGGUGGCACCUUAAUUGGGGAGGACGGGCUUGUCGUAAUGGCUGGAGCGGAAUAAGUGGAAUGGUAUCAAAUACAUCAAACACAUGGUUUCCAUAAGAAAUGCGUACAGUGUCUAAACAAAGCAAGCUAAAUUAUAAGAUUAUGUUAUUUUACUACAAAAUUAGCCUCAUGAUAAGUGUAUAUCUUUCAGUAUAUACACUAUAUAUAUAAAGGUAUGUGGACACCCCUUCAAAUUAGUUGAUUCAGCUAUUUCAGCCACACCCGUUGCUGACAGGUGUAUAAAAUCAAGCACACAGCCAUGCAAUCUCCUUAGACAAACAUUGGCAGUAGAAAGGCCUUCCUGAAGAGCUCAGUGACUUUCAACGUGGCACCCUCAUAGGAUGCGUCCUUUCCAACAAGUUAGAUCGUCAAAUUUCUGCCCUGCUAGAGCUGCCCCGGUCAACUGUAAGUGUUGUUAUUGUGAAGUGGAAACGUCUAGGAACAACAACAGAUCAGCCGCGAAGUGGUAGGCUACACAAGCUCACAGAACGGGCCCGCCAAGUGCUGAAGCGCGUAGCACGUAAAAAUCAUCUGUCCUCAGUUGCAACACUUACUACGAGUUCCAAACUACCUCUGGAAGCAACGUCAGCACAAGAACUGUUCGUCGGGAGCUUCAUUAAAUGGGUUUCCAUGGCCGAGCAGCCACACACAAGCCUAAGAUCACCAUGCGCAAUGCCAAGCGUCGGCUGGAGUGGUGUAAAGCUUGCUGCCAUUGGACUCUGGAGCAGUGGAAACGCGUUCUCUGGAAUUAUGAAUCACGCUUCACCACCUGGCAGGCCAACGGACAAAUCUGGGUUUGGCAGAUGCCAGGAGAACGAUACCUGCCCGAAUGCAUAGUGCCAACUGUAAAGGAAUAAUGGUCUAGGGCUGUUUGGGCUAGGGCCCUUAGUUCCAGUGAAGAGAAAUGUUAACGCUACAGCAUACAAUGACAUUCUAGACAAUUUUGUGCUUCGAACUUUGUGGCAACAGUUUGGAGAAGGCCCUUUCCUGUUUCAGCAUGACAAUGCCCCCAUGCACAAAGCGAGGUCCAUACAGAAAUGGUUUGUCAAUUUCGGGUGUGGAAGAACUUGACUGGCCUGCACAGAGCCCUGAAACCUCAACUCCAUCAAACACCUUUGGGAUUGUCAUGACUUGCCCUCAUGGGUUGAGGAUCAAAGAUGCCAGCUAGGCAAAGGUUUGAACACCCCCUCUCCUGGGGGCCAGUUUUAUGACUGGUUGUAAAUUCCUUUUCCAUGCCAUGCAGUAUUGGGAGAGGGAAUUUCCCUGUGAAACAAAGGAAGUCUUCCCGCCAAGACUCCAACAUCCAAAAGUGGAUAAUGAAACAAUAUUCAUACUUCAUAGAAUGUGGGAAAUGGUCAGUGGCGACUUAAAGAACAAUCAUGUCAAAUUCGUUACUAUGUUGUGAUGUCAUUAAAGACGGUGGAACAAAAUAACUGUAUCUCUGGGGGUGUAUCUCUUCCCAGUUAUGAGGUUUGCUCUAAUUGUUUUAUAAAACGAAUGAUUAAGUAUAAUAACACUUUUGUGAAGAUAAAUGUGAUUUUAGCAUUCUAGAUGAGAUGAUUGUUUCCAUAUUGAUUUGUUCUGUCAGUGGCCACGCCCAGAUGAACACAAACAUGAUGAAACGCCCCCUUUCUUACUCAAGUAUAAAACCCCUCGUGACGAAAUAAACUCUACAGACCAGCAGACGUGAAGUGUGAGCUAAACGUUACAAAAUUGUUUAAAACAACAACUCCAUUACCAAAGGAAGACCAAGCAGAUUACGGUAUAAGCCGGAUGUUGCAAAUGGUUGAAUUUCUACCAGACCAGGAAGCGUGAAGCUGAAGCUACACGGCUUAAAAUGGUUAAACUCUACAGACCAGCCGACAUGCAGCGCAAGCUGAAUAUGGCAAAAUGGUGAAACUCUGAAACUAUCAACCUCUACACAAGGUGAAGAAGAAGACAACACACUAGACCUUAUCAUCUCAGUCUGCAGCUGGCAUGUAUAGUCGUCUAGAGAACUUUCACUAAAGACACGAGUUGGGAAGGACAAUACCUCUCAGACAACCUUUGGUACAUCUGAGGUAUCUGUCUAACAGAUCAACUCUUCGAACUACAGGGUACGCUGAAGUAUCCAUUCUAACAACCACUACGACCAGAAACUCUACCAAGGACAUUGGGAUCUCUGGUGGGCAAACCAGAGUCUUACAUCAUCAACUCACCUAUCGAGGACAGCUACACGUAAGUACAUGUUGCAUUUCUAAUCCGAAUGAGCGAUGAUUAGGGUUCUAAGCAUUUGUAUUUCGUUGAGCGUAGUUUACAAAGUAACAACGAUAGUUUGAAUCUCUGUCUCUCCCUUCCAAGCGUUCAUGCUAUUGUUAGUCCAGUCCACUAGGGACCUGUUUUCAUUGUAUUAUGUUAGUAAUCAAUAACCUGUGUGUAUGUGUGUUUGUAUUGUGUUAUUAUUUAGUUAGUAAAUAAAUAAUUAAGCCAAUUUGUGUAUUGCUGAUUCAUCAAUAAGGUUAGUGUCACGAUCGUUUAUAGACGGGACGGACCAAGGCGCAGCGUGAUAUGCAUACAUGUUUAUUUAUAUUGAAUAAACACCACGACAAAACAACAAAUGAAAUGAAACGUGAAGUCCAAGGUAGACAAACAACAUACCUCACACGGAACAAGAUCCCACCACCCACUAGUGCCAAUAGGCUGCCUAAGUAUGGGCUCAAUCAGAGACAACGAGCGACAGCUGCCUCUGAUUGAGAACCACACCGGCCAACAUAGAUCUAGACAUACUAGAUUCUACAACAAUGAACAAACACAACAAGGAAAAUCACACCCUGACUCAACAAAUAAGAGUCCUCAGAGUCAGGGCGUGACAGUACCCCCCCCCCCCCCCCCCCAAAGGUGCGGACUCCGACCGCGCCACAUAAACAUAACAGGGUAGGGGCCGGGUGGGCAUUCGAUCCGGCUCCGGGCGUGACCACCACUUACUCUCCACCUCCCUGUUGCGCCCCUGGUCUGGUCUGGACCUCGGCGCGCUGCUUCCCCUCUCCUUCCUCCCACGAAGUACCAAGCCCUGUCUGGACCCUGGUAUGGGAGACCCCGAACCUGGAGAGGGGCUGACAUCUGGGUCUGGACUGGAACCGCUGACUGGAGCUGGACCCAACGACGGUGGAUCGAACUGCUCUGGCUCCGGAGUGGAGCCGCUGACCGGAGCUGGAUCAGGCACCGGUGGAGCGGACUGCUCUGGCUCCGGAGUGGAGCCGCUGACCGGAGCUGGACUGGACCCCGGUGGAGCGGAUUGCUCUGGCUCCGGAGUGGAGCAGCUGACCGGAGCUGAACUGGGCACCGGUGGAGUGGACUGCUCUGGCUCCGGAGUGGAUCCGCUGACCGGCGCUGGACUGGACCCCGGUGGAGCGUAUUGCUCUGGCUCCGGAGUUGAGCAGCUGACCGGUGCCGGACCAGGCACCGGUGGAACAGGCACGGGCCAUGCCGGACUAGACACACGCACCACUGGCUUGGUGCGAGGGACAGGAACAGGCCGGACCGGACUGGCGACGCGCACCACUGGCUUGGUGCGAGGGGCAGGAGCAGGCCGGGCCGGGCUGGCGACGCGCACCACUGGCUUAGUGCGAGGGGCAGGAACAGGCCAGGCCGGACUGGCGACGCGCACCACUGGCUUAGUGCGGGGAGCAGGAACGGGUCGGGCCGUACUGGGAACACGCACCACUGGCUUAGUGCGGGGAGCAGGAACGGGCCGGACCGGACUGGCGACACGCACCACUUGAUUGGUGCGAGGAGCGGGACUGGGUUCCUUCUGCUGCCUAACCAGCUCCUCUCGCCGUGCCUCUACACUUUCCUUCUGCUCCCUCUGAACCAAUGGCCCCUGUAAUCUGGUGGCCUCCUCUGCUAACCAGCGGAACCGCCCUGUCGCGGCCUCCUGCUGCCUCGUCGUCCACACCGUGUGCCCCCCAAAAAUGUUUGGGGGGGAUUGUCUCUCCACUGUGAUCAGGGCCUCCCUCCUUCUUGCCAGCCUCUCGCUCAUCUCCUCCCAAGUCCAUCCUCUCUGCUCCUCCUCGGCACACUGUUUGGUCCAGGUCUGGUGGGAUCUUCUGUCUUGAUCGUUGACGAACGAGAAGGACCAAGGCGCAGCGUGAUAUGCAUACAUGUUUAUUUAUAUUGAAUAAACACCACGACAAAACAACAAAUGAAAUGAAACGUGAAGUCCAAGGUAGACAAACAACAUACCUCACACGGAACAAGAUCCCACUACCCACUAGUGCCAAUAGGCUGCCUAAGUAUGGGCCCCAAUCAGAGACAACGAGCGACAGCUGCCUCUGAUUGAGAACCACACCGGCCAACAUAGAUCUAGACAUACUAGAUUCUACAACAAUGAACAAACACAACAAGGAAAAUCACACCCUGACUCAACAAAUAAGAGUCCUCAGAGUCAGGGCGUGACAGUUAGGGUUCUUGCAGGUUCAAGGAUUAUGCGAUGUUCAGAAUGAGACUGAUAAGAGGUCAUUAUUUAAUAAGUGACUGUUAUCGAUAUAUAACAUAUAUCUUCUAAGAGUUUAAUUCGGGAGAUGGUAACUUGUUAAACAACUUCUUCCGUGGUGCCCCAAAUUCCUAAUGAGUUAAUUGUUACAUGAUGAAUUUAUUCGAGUGACAAUUAAACAUAGUUAGUUGAUUCGAUAAAUAACAGUCAUACAUUAAGUCACGUCACGACAGGAUGAAUUGGAACGCAGACUGCGAGCCAGGCCUAAUUGCCCAACAUCAGUGCUCGACCUCACUAAUGCUCUUGUGGCUGAAGGGAAGUCUCCGCAGCAAUGUUCCAACAUCUAGUGGAAAGCCUUCCCAGAAGAGUGGAGGCUGUUAUAGCAGCAAAGGGGGGACCAACUCCAUAUUAAUGCCCAUGAUUUUGGAAUGAGAUGUUCGACAAGCAGGUGUCCACAUACUUUUGGUAAUGUAGUGUACUUUCAUUGGGACUUUUGCAUUGUAAGAUAUGUCUGUAUUGUAACAUGGAUAUUGCUCUAUUUGCGGGCAGGUAACAGAGAGAGAGCUGAAGUCUGGAGGGGCCAACAUUAAUGUGACAGAGAAGAAUAAGAAGGAGUACAUUGACCGCAUGGUGAAAUGGAGGGUGGAGAGAGGAGUGGUCAAGCAGACAGAGGCACUGGUCAGGGGCUUCUAUGAGGUACAGUAAACACUCUCAGGACAACAUUCAAUGGCCAUGGCAUGAUUUUCCCCAAUAUUUCUCAUUUGGUUUGUCCAGCCUUUAAGAUGGCUUUCACAUUGCACUUCAAAUAUGAUUUUUUCAAGUUUCUUAGAAUGCAAUAGAACAUGACUAUCAAAUUAAGUCACCUAGUGAAUGACAGGAGCAAUGUGUCUAAAUACGUACACUCCUACAUCGUUUUUAAUGUUCUAUGUUUUGGAUAUAUUUCUCCAGGUGGUGGAUUCCCGGCUGGUGUCAGUGUUCGAUGCCAGAGAGUUGGAGCUGGUCAUCGCUGGGACAGCGGAGAUAGACCUCAAUGACUGGAGGAACAACACAGAGUAUAGAGGAGGUGAGCAGACUUCAGGGGAGCACAUUACUGGACAUUACCUAAUGGAGAAUCUUGAAUGAACAUGCAUUUUAGUCUAGGACUAUGGUUAAUGUGUGUCCCAACAUGUUUUUAAAGGCAAUGUACCCACUACCAUGACACCCAUGUGAUGCAAAGGGCACAUUCAAUGGGGAGGUGAUUAUUUUUAUUUGUAUUAAUUUGUAUAUACAUUUUUUAUUGGUAACCCUCAGCACCUCUACUUCCCGCGGCUAUGUCCAAUAUGGCCGAACGGUGUCUCCAAAGCCUCUCAAUAGUCAAUAAUCAUUGGAUGCAGCCAUGUUGCUGGAAUGAAUGUGCCAAAACUUGCAACUGGAAAAAAGGCAGCAAAGCAAAGGCCAGGGUAACAUAACCAAAGAUAGGGAAAAUUGCAGGAAAGAGGGAGGUGUUUUAUUUAAAUGCGUUAUUAUUAAAAAGCAACAACACUGAAAACUUUUUUGUUGCAUCAAUUUACAAUUAAUUUGCUCUCGCAUUUUAAAGUUAUUUCCUCGCAAUAUUUUGUUUUGCGAUCAAUACUUUUGCUUUCAAUAUAUAUAUAUAUUUAGAAAUACUAACAAUUUUUAUCUCGACUUCAGAAGUUUUGUGAAAGUUUUUAACAUGUGAAACUGCAAUUCACAUGUGAGGUGAAAACAUGUUAUUCUCCUCACAUAUGAAAAGGUGGUGUUAACAUGUGAACUCUAAAUUGAAUACAUGAAAAUAUCCUUUAAUGUGACAUUUAAGCUCAACAUGUGAAAAUGUGAUUUCACAUGUGAAAAUGCGAUUUCACGUAUGAAAAUGUGAUUUUCACAUUGUGACACUGCAAUUUUGACAUUACUGAUGGGGGAAAAAUCCAUACAGUUACAUAUCGCAAUAUUAUUUUUGGACUAUAUUAUAUAGAUAAAAACAAUACAUAUGUCGUUUUUGCUAGGUAGCGUUAGCUAGCGUUAGUCGGCUGUACCUGUGCCUAUCCUAUAGCUUGUUCUCCAUCUUCUUUUUAAAUAGUGAGCCAACAUGUUUUCAGCACUUUUAUUUCCAUGGCUGAUUAAAUCAUAUGUACUCAUUCUCUCUCUUCUCUCUGCAGCAGAGAUAUAGUGAGCAAUAUGUUUGGAACAUCAAACUGCAAUAAAACUGAAGUAUCGAAUCGCAAUACAUAUAGAAUCGUGAGAAUCAUGCGAAUCGCAAUAAAUAUUGUUGUUUCGGCAUCUAAGUAUCAUGAUAAGAUUGUAUUAUGAGGUCCCUGGCAAUUCCCAGCCCUAUUUGACAUGUGUUGAACCAUCAUCCCUGUUGCCUAGUUUCUAUACUGUAUAUGCUGUAGCCAACUCUUCUAUGGCAUGUCAACAAUAAAGGAGUUGGCUUCCGCACAUCACAUCCGAUAUGGGACCAAGCUACCACCCCUGUACCCCGUCUCUGACAUGCCCUAUUGGCCUUCUGCAUCGCAGGCUACCAUGACAGCCACAUAGUGAUCAGGUGGUUCUGGGGGGCCGUGGAGCGCUUCAACAACGAGCAGAGGCUGCGUCUGCUGCAGUUUGUGACUGGCACCUCCAGUGUUCCCUACGAGGGCUUCACCGCUCUACGGGGCAGUAACGGCCUGCGACGCUUCUGCAUCGAGAAGUGGGGCAAGAUCACCGCUCUACCAAGGUAAUAUAAGCUCUCUACCCAAAGUAGAGUGGACCUAGACAAUCAUUUCUACCAUUAAAUCCUGCUAUUACAGGUAUAGAUUCAAACUGUCCUAUGCUGUUAUCCUCCAAACCACUACAUAACAAUGUAUAGUAUUUGUAGAGAACUCUAUUCUGUUGAAUUGGUUUUCUGCUCUGAUGCAUGGUCUAUAUCUUCCAGGGCACACACAUGCUUCAACCGGCUUGAUCUCCCUCCAUACCCGUCCUACACCAUGCUCUACGAGAAACUGCUGAUCGCUGUGGAGGAGACCAGCACUUUUGGCCUU